CCCAACCCGCUGCUAUAGCCGCGGGCUCCCCAUAGUGGAUACCCACUCCUCUCUCUGCGUUCGCCGGCGGUGGCGGCCAACGCUAUUCGUGGUAUCUUCGUCAGAUCUCUUCCUACGCGUUCCAUUACUGUCCCAAUCUGUGAUUGGUGAGUUCCGAACAGAAAAGGGGCAUUUUAGGUAAAACGUGUUUUAGUCAAAGGAAUGGCAGUUGAGUGGUUGAGUAUAAACGAUUGAUUGAGAUUGAAAAUGCAUUUGAGUUGAUUCCGAGCAGCUAUGGAGAAGGCGAGAGAGUUUCUGGAGAAAUACACCACCGGCGAAGCAGCCGAUGAGGUGUCGCGGCUCCGCUUGCCUCCCCACCGACCCCUCGCCGAGUCCAGCUUCUACGAGUGCUUCGGCGGCAGAGGCGUCCGCCUCGACGUGCUCCGCCCGGAUCUCAUCUCAUCCUCUUUCAAAGUGCCUCCUCGUCUCCUUGGUGGAGAUGGAAACCUAACUAUGGGUGCGAUCAGCACUCUAGUAGAUCUGUUAGGAGCUGCGGUGGCGUACCAGGGAGAGGAUUCCUGGAAUCUAUCAGCUGACAUGUCAAUCUCCUACAUCUCGCCUGCUAAACUGGAUGAUGAACUGGAGAUUUUGGCAAGGUGUUUAGGACGACGAGGUGGCUACUCGGGGACGCACGUGCUCAUACGAAACAAAAUAACUGGAGCGGUUGUUGCUGAAGGCCGACAUUCAUUAUUUGAUGCUCGCAGCAAUUUGUGAAUACGGUCUUACAUUCACACGCUUGCCCUUAUAUACACGAACUUUCCAAAUUACAGAAUGCUUUGAUAAAUGUAUAAGUUGCAUAUUCUACUACAAACCAACCAAUUUCUGGACUUACCUUAUAUAGUUCAGGUGAUAUAUGAAAACACAUUCCGAAUCAUGUUUGAGCUUCUUGGAUGAUGUAAUUUUGUGAAUAUUCAAUCUAAUAAUAUAAAUCCUACCUAUGUAAA